CUCUCUCUCCCACACAAAUAAUACAGCACGACACCCUUGUAUUUAUACAAUCUGAGAUCUCGUCGGAUGCUCUUGCACCAGAUCCCUGGUAGAUUUAGUUAAUAUGCUGUGACUUUAGCUUCUGAGCAUUCCACAGCAGCAUGAAUGUGCAUAAUGAGCCACUCUGGCAGUGGCCUUCCAGCGUCCCUUCUAAUACUUCAUUGAACUCGGAGUCAAGCCAGACACCUCAAAACACUUACCAGUCCAGUGACGAAAACACGACUCCUGAAUGUCCCGAGUCUCCCAAGAAACACUAUCCCAAUCAUACUUGUCGCAUCUGCUUGGAAUCAGUCCCUCCUACCUUCCACCCCCCUUCGGAAAACCUGCCAGGUUUCCUCCAGCCCAAGCCGCGAGUUGUCUAUGAGUCUUCUGACCCAGAGCUUGGCCGACUUCUUCGACCCUGCAAAUGCAAAGGUUCUUCGCGUUACGUUCACGAGGGAUGUCUUCAGUCCUGGCGCCAUGCAGAUCCUCAUUAUGGAAAGAGGCACUAUUGGCAGUGCCCAACCUGCGGGUUUCAGUACAGGCUAGAACGUCUGAAAUGGGCGCACUGGAUCAGUAGUGCAUCUACCCAGAUCGUAUUGACUUUGAGCAUUUUGUUGUUUACAGUAUUUUUGCUUGGUUUUAUUGCUGACCCCAUCAUCAAUCUUUAUGUGGACCCGGUGGAAACGAUAGUUUACAAGGAAUUCUGGGAGCCUAGUACUGUGUCGGGCGUCUUGCCGACUGAAACAAGACCAUCUUGGGUAGAGCAUUUCGUGAAAGGAUUGGCCUCAUUAGGUCUUCUGUCAUUCAUCAAGGCCAUACUUGCAUUGAGCCCAUGGCAGUGGUGGAAUCUGCGCAGUUCAGGCGUCGUCAGCAGUGGGAGGACCACCGGCAGGAGUCGAGCGGCUUCUAUCAGUUGGAUAGUCAUCCUCAUCGGUGUUGGUAGCUUCCUCUGGGCUGUCUGGAAAGGUGUCAGGACCUGGAGUCGCAAGACACUGGAGAAAGCCGGCGAACGCGUCAUGGAUGUUCCAUUGCCUGACGAUGAUGACGAAGACGAGCCAUUUACUUCCGCUGAAGGGUCGUCGAAGAAGGAUGACUGAAUGCGCUUGACCCUAGCAUCUGUCCGAGAAAUCGAACGCCUUCUGUAAUGCUCCACGCACUACUUUGAGUUGUCACGCUCCUGUCAAUGAGGUGCCAAUCAGUCAAUGUGCGGAGAACGAUACUGAUCCUCGUUAACUUCUGGGUCUCGUCUGUGAAGCAGAGCAUCUGGAACAGGGCGUUUUGUUCUCUCCUUCUUUGCUCUGUUUCGUAAAGCAAACGUCCCCAGAGGGAGGAUCGAGCUGCAUUCUGACUCGAUCGGUUUGGGCCGCUCCAGUGCAGUGAGCGUUUCUAGAUUGAGGUGCGGUACAUCGUACUGUCAUAUAGUGUAGUUGUCAAUAUAUUCUCUUUUCAUGACAUC